GGGCCGGGCUCGGGAGGCCCGGCGUGCGCGGGGGCCUCGUUAGCGAGCGCAUGCUAAUUGCUAGCAGCACCGUGCCGGGAGCGGGGCCUUCAUGUGUGUGACACGCCGGCGCAGCCACGUCGACACACCUCACAGCACCGGGUGCAGGCUGGCUGUACCCCUCCGCAUGACCAUGGCAGAAUCCGAUGUGUGCAUCGGGGACCAGCUCAUCCUGGAAGAGGAGUACGAUGAAACCUACCUACCCAGUGAGAAAGAAAUCUGUGACUAUGCACGGGGGAUUGGGAUUGAUCCUGAGAAGGAGCCGGAGUUGAUUUGGCUGGCCAAGGAAGGUAUCGUGGCCCCUCUGCCUCCCGAGUGGAAGCCCUGUCAAGACAUUACUGGUGAGAUCUAUUACUUCAACUUUGCCAAUGGCCAGUCAACUUGGGACCACCCAUGCGAUGAGCACUACCGGGAGCUCGUGGUCCAGGAGCGGGAGAAGCUCUCAGCCCAUGGUGACACCAAGAAAAAGGACAAGAAGAAGAAAAAAGAAAAGAAGGAAAAGAAAGACAAGAAAGAGAGAGAGCUGCUGAAGCCAGCUGCUGAAAUGCAGCCAGAGCCAGGGAUUCUUCCUUCAACAUCCUUUUAUCAGAUAUCCUCUCCCAUCCUGCCCUCCUGGUGCUUUAGUCCUGAUCUAGAACAGAAUAGCCAGAUUAAGGACGAGGGCUUCCUUAAGAAAGGUGAAAGGAUGACCCUGAGUCAAUCAUCAGAGGCAAGUGACUCAGACGCACUGUUUUCAGGCACUCAACCAAAUAAUCUGCAGCCAUUUCUUUCAUCCAAGCCUAGCAGAACUUGCCAAAUGUUAGCUGAUCUGGAGAUUUUAGGAAGAGGUCCAUCUUUUAGCAAAUCAGAUGCAGGCACCCAGCAGGGCCCAGACAAAUCAGUGGAACAUUGUCUUUACUUUUCUGACUCUGAACCUGAAUAUUUAGAUGUGGUUCGGACAGCGGAGUUAGAUUCCUGUGUGUCAAAGGAAUCCUCUUCACCAGACCUUGAAAAUGGGAAAACCAUACUUGGUUCCCAAGAGGUCUUUGAGGCCCAAAGCCUGUUAUUUGUGGAAGAACAGAUGUCUGAAAACCAGAAGAAAAAAGAAACGACAGAAGAAUGUGUUUGCCAGCCUGCAAAUGACUUGCCAGUCAGAGAAAGAUCUAGCGGCCCAGCUGGUGAUGAGGAGCGAGGUCCAGGUUUGUUGCAAGUCACAGUCAGGGAAGCUGUUUUGGCUGCUUAUGCCUCUAACCCUGUUUUCCAUGGUAAGACAUGUGAAGCGAUUCCCCUGCAUGCCAGCCCCAUGGAAGACCUGCACUUGCCAGAAGAGGUUGCUCAGAGUCUCCCAGAAGAGCUGAGUUCACACAGCUACGUGCUGGAGAGCAGGAGGGAAAAAAACCUUCGUGAGCCAGUGUUGAGUCCAACCACCAGGCUGGGCAAGUGCUUUACGACCAGCAGCAGGCAAGGCAGAGAGGGGCCAGAAUGGGCAAGGGUGGCUGAACCCGAUACACGCCUGCAAGCAUCCAAGGCCGAUGGUCUCUUGGCCAUCCCUUGUGUGACGUUAGAGACAAUGCUGCGUGCUUCAGAGGCUGGGGGAGGAAGCGGAGUGGAUGCUUCUGCUUUGAUGGAAACCUGCUUCCUUGAAUCGAUUUUCCCCUGUGCUGCACCAGAAGAAGAGAAGGCAGCAAGUGGUGUGGGGUCUGAAUGCAGCAGCAGCCAUUCAAGCAAUGUAGCUGAUAAUGUUGCAUCACUGAUUUGGAGAGAGGGCAGUAACUUCUCGUGGGAUCUCCAGAGUUCCUGUGAGUCUGAUGAUCACCUGGAUUUGCUUGCUUCUGCUAAGGGGCCUCUGCUGACUCCCCUCCUCGUCGUGCCUCAGGAGUGUGCCCAUGCCAGUUUGAGGAUGGAACUUGGUGGGUUGUCUGGUGCCCAAGAGAGGGAUGAGGAGGAAGGACGAGAAGAAGCAGAGGAAAGAGAGGGCAGGCCAGAGCAAGCCCCUGAUGUGCUGAGGAGAGAGGCAUUGGCUAGAGGGUUGCGAGUUCCUCCUGCUUGGCUCUGUCAGACAGCUGAGUGCCAGGAAAGCAGCAGGCUCUACCGGCAGGUGGAAGUGGAGCUGACCCAGAGCAGAACAGCGGAGAUUUGGGACGGAGCAGGCAAUGAUGAGUCUCCAGGUUCCCUGCUUGCUCCUGCCCAGGCUCCCCUGGGGAAUCUUGCUCCGCUACGUGGUCUGGUGGAUGUUCCUGCCGGUACACUCCGUGGCCCACUCAGUGCUGCUGUGGGAAACUUUGUGGAGCCCAGUCCAGGGAUCAGAGGCGGAAUUGGGCCCGCACAGACCCUUAAAGCCACUGGCCAAGCCAAGAGCCUGCUGGGAUUCAUCCACGAGAAGAAGGACUUCUUAAAUCUCAUGACUCUAGAUGCAGGAGAAAAUGAAGACGAAGAGAGUGAGAAUCAGAGUCUGCGAGGGACAGCAGGAUUGCUCCAAAAUGUGCACAUGGACAUCGGUGCCCUGGGAAGCAGUUUUGAUUAUGAGGACUCUGAGGCCAGCGAGCAUGGGAAGGAUGCGCCCCUUGCUAACCAUGUGGAUCCCCAGCUGCUGCAGGUUAUGGACUUUGGCUUCCAAAGUCGUCUCUCCGAGCAGGUGCUGGAUGUGGACGCUCUAUCUCCUGUCCGGGAUGGCUCUGAGCUGGAGGCCCAGGAACUGGGAGAAGAGGAGAAGGACCAGAGCCAAGCCAGCAUAGAGGAAGAGCAAAGCAAAAGGGCCCAGAGCGCUGCGAGAUGUGGGAGUAGCGAUGUGGACGUGCCUGCCAACAUUUCCAGCUGUGACUUGGAUGCAGUGCAACUGGAGGAGGGGACCCAGCAAGCAGUGUCCUCGCACCAGCCUGCGGAGAAGCCCCUGGAGGGACCUGCCAAGGAGCUGGGGGAGGAGGACACUCAUCUUCUGCAAGCAAAGAGGGAGGAAGUUCAGCGACUCCGGGAAGAGCUGAGGCAAAAGGAGGAGGAAGAAGCUCAGGAGCUUCGUCAGCAGAAAGAGAAAUCCCUCAGGUCUCUAAAAGAAGAGCUAGCAAAGGCCACUGAGGAGGAGGAGCUGCGGCUGCGAGAGGAAGAGAGCAAGAAGCUCUCUAAGCUUCGAACCCAGAUCAGCGCAGAGACGGAGGCAGAGAAGGAGAAAAUCAGGGCAGAGCAAGAAGCUGUGUUACAGAAGCUGAGGGAGGAGUAUGAAUCCCUGCAGAAGUCAGAGAGAGAGAGUGCAGAGGAGACAAAGAAACGUGCUUUGGAGAAGAUAAAGCGGGAAGUGGAGGAGGCUCAGCAGAGAGAGAGGAUGGGGCUGGAGCAAGAAAAGGAGCGAGUCCUGAAUGAGAUAAAGGAGAGAUUAGAAAGAGAAAGAAAAGAGGCUGCGGAGGGAUUAGAGAAGCAAUUUGCAGCUGAGCUCCAGCAGCUGAAAGCCGCAGCAGAGGAGGAACACGAAAAGGUUAUUGCCAGCCUGCAGAAGCAAGUAGAAGAGACACAGAGGAGUGACGAGACCCAGCUGCGGGAGGCGCUGGAGGGAGCAGAGCAAAAAGUCCAGCAAAAAGCUUAUCACCUAACAGAGUAUGAGAGAGAGCUCAGUGAGCUCAUGAAAGAGAAGCGCCAGGAAGUGGAGCGAGAUCAUGAGAGGAAGCUGGAAAGGAUGAAAGCAGAGCACCGGGAGGUCCUGGCAAGGAUCCAGGAGCAGUACGAGGAGGAGGAGAGAAAGCAGAGAGCAGAGAGGCUUGGGGUGCUGAAGAGCGAGAUGGAGCGUCUCCGGCAGCUCCAUGAUGGGGAGCUGCGGGCUUUGCGGAAGGAACUGGAUGAGCAGCUCAGUGACCUGCGGCGCAGCCACCAGGAGCAGGAGAGAAAACUCCAGGACUUGGAAAUGGAGCUCGACCUGCGAGCACGAGAGGCCAAGGCCAGGUCAGCUCAGCUCCAUAGCCAGGAGGAGGCCAUAAGGAAGAAAAGGCAGCAGCUACUGGAUGAGGAGAAACUGCUAGAGCAGGAGAGAAAUGAGGUGAUCUUGGCUGCUCAGCUCCGCUUGGAGGAGUCUCGGAAGGAGCACACAGACCUCAUGGAAGCCAUCCGAAAGCUGCGCCGGACUCUGCAGGAACUUGAAGAUCAGAAAGCUGAACUAGAGUCUCAGGUGGACUUGUUGCAGUCCCGAAGCCAGAGGCUGCAGAAGCGAAUCAGUGAGCUAGAGACAGCCAUCAGGAGCAAGCAGGACUUGCUGAAGGAGCUAGAAGCAGAAGACAGCACAGCAUCUCCGCGAAGGGAAGCCGAGCUCCAUAUUGAGGACCUGAAAGAGACAGUCGGCGCUCACUCCUCAAGACAGACGGCUCCCCUGCCCUUGCAGAAUCACGAAGAUGGCGACCUCUGGCUUGAUGACAUACGGCACUACAUCUCUGCACAAGGCAUCUCCAUCAGGAACGCCAAGGAGUUCCUGGAGCGCCAGACUCGCUCCAUGAGGAAGAGGCACACGGUGCUGAAGGCCGCGAGGCAGCAGUGGCGUCACGACAUGCAGCAAGCGCAGGAGGCGGUGCAGGAUCCUGACAGCUCGCAGCUGCUGGAGGAUGUGCGCCAGAACCUGGAGGAGGAAGCAAAGCAGUUGGACAAGAUGAAGUCAGCCAUGAGGACAGGACAGGUGCUGUUGAAGAAGAAGGAGGAGAAACUGACCCAGUUGGAGUCUUCGCUUGUGGAAGAGGUGUCUGACGAAGACACCCUGAAGGGAGCUGCAUGCAAGAAGGUGGUGACCUUUGACCUCAGCGAUUCAGAGGACACAAACAGCGUGGCCAGCUCCGAUGUACCUCGGCAUACAUGUGACUUGAACCCACCUCUCCAGCUUCCCCAGCCCGACAGGAUCCAGCACCUCACAGACUCCCUGCGGCGCAUCAGCAGUGAGUUGAGCGGAGUCCUCAGCAUCCUGGGCUCCUUGAGUCAUCAGCAGCCUCCUCUCUUUUCCUCCGCGACGGUGCCACUGUCCCCGCUGACCAGGGAUGGCAUCCCGCUUUCCAUGUACACGUCGCUGGCGAGAGUCCAAGCUGCUGGCCCCCUCAUGCCUCCUGCCAGUCUUCCUCUGGCAAACCAGUGGCCAUGGAGCACUGGUCUCCACUCCGGCCUGUCUUCCACAGCCAGCCAGUCAGUGGACAGCAUGCUGGCAGAGAAGUGGCGCAAGUAUUUCCCAGGUGGGUUCCCGCUGUUCAAUGGAAGCUCUGCCCCUCCGGACAGCAAACUAGGUUACCUGCCUGCUGGUGAGCAAGUCCGCUUGUACCAGCGCUCCCAGGCAUGGAGCCCUGAGGCAGACAAGACGAGCAUCCAGGGAAUGAUUGAUGCCAACAAGAGAUGGCUGGAAAAUUUCAAGAAGGAUUCAAAAGUGCCUCUCUUCCCAAGCACACAGAAGCUGUCUGUGAGCAGCCCAGACCUGGUGCAGCUUGGCCUGGAUGAAAACAACCAGAUUAAAGUGUAUCACUACUAAGAGGUUGUGGACCCUCCGGUGAGAUGUGGCAGUCCCAGCCGUGUGCCCCACAAGUGCCUGGUGAGAUGGUGACGUCGCUGCAGUCCCCUGCAAUACACAGUACAGCAGAGAUCCACAGGGCUCUUUUGCUUUGCCCUUGAAAUAAAGUCUCUCCUUCCAGGAGAGUGGAGGAGGGAGGAAGCAAACUUCCCCAGUGGAUUCUUUUAAUCCUGUAAUGUGUCCAAAUAUACUUUAUAGACUGUUUAAUCCAGUGGUGAAAUAUCAGGGCUUCAAUAAAUCAACAGUUCCCUCAUUAGUAUUCCAGCAAUCACAUGAUGAAGCUGUGAAUCACCGAGGACUUUGAAUAACGUGUUGAGGGGAGGAGGUGAAUUCCAACAGAAAACUGUUGCCAGAGGAAAUAUUCAGGAAAUGAAUGCCCUGUUGAUGCACAACAAACAUUGGUGUCAGGUGAACUCAGUCACCAGCCCUCUGUGAUACAUCCUUGAGCUUGGGAGCAUGAAAAGCAAAAUGUCUGCAAUUAUGUUUUUUACACUGAAGCACAGAAUUGAGAGCAAUGGAGGUGAGAGCCUCUGGGCCCCGCGCCGGGCCGAGCCGAUGCCACGUUUGUCUCCUGGACCCGUCCUCUUGCCACCUCCACCUAGGGACACCAGGGUUUCCUUUCAUGCUGAAUGUUGAGUGUAUUUCUAGCAGAAAAUGUUUACGAGGUUUCGCAGUGCCUCAGUCAUGAGGCUCAGCCAUCGCUCAGGGGACAGCAGAGGCAAAGCCUCUGAGACUGUUUCUCUUUGUCAGGCAGCAGGUGGUGCUCAGCAGGGCCGCCUUACCCAGCAUAUGCUGGGGAGGAGACCACCCCUGCCAGAACUGCCUGGGUCUGAUCAGGACUGUUCUCAGAGCUGUUUUGGGAGCCCACGUGCAUCCCCUCACUCACCUGAGCAGAGCUGCCUGACAGAGCCCGUGGCCAUUUGCACUAGUGCAUCCAUUGGUGCUGGCAUCAGCAGAGUUGGUUUGGGAUGAGGCGAGUGGCCACGACUCCAUGUACCUUCCCUGCAGUGCCCAGAACACCCACGCUGAGCAGUCCUACAGCUGGGGUCCAGGCCUGGGCCUGGCACCAUGGGUCCAUCCCCAGGCAGCGAGGCUGAAGCCAGAGCUGAGGUUGAUGGUGCACAAGGCAAAGUAAUGCCCGGCUCUGAGCCAAAGCCUGCUGCGAGGUGCCUCCACAGGGCUUUGGACCCGUCCCACAGGCACUUGGAGUUGUUUGGUGAUUAAAAACCCACUGACCUCCAGACAUCUCAGGGCAGCAGGAGGAUGCAGGGAGGCAGCAUGGGCUGGUGCUUGAUUGGUGUCUGUUAUCCACGCAUUGUCUGCACCGGCUUUUGCAAAACAUUGAUACCCACAAGUGCUGCUUGUGCCAUCAUUUUGGCCCGAAGAGCUUGCAUUAAGGGGAUACCCACUGGUGAAAGAGAGUCUUUGCAAACCACUCGCAUGCCAGGAGAUGGCUCCAGGAAGGGCUGCUCACAUGGCUCCUCUUGGAUCGAGACAUGAGGAGAGGAAAGCAGAGCAGGGAGGGGGACCCUGGUCCGUACGCACUGGCACAUGCUGCGGGGAAUGUCUAGGUACAAAUAGAAAGCUGCUUCUCUGUUCAAGAUGCUGUUCUUGCAGCAGCUCUGUUUUGUAGCCAUUUUCCACAUAUAUUGCUGCUGUGAGCUGUUCAGAUGACCUGCUUCCCUUUACGCAGGGAUUUGGGAGCACGUGGGUGAAGAGAUGGGUCUGAACAUAGGGUCCUUCCCUGGCUGAGAGGGCUGGUGAUGCCUCUGAGAGAUGCUGGGUUAGCCAUACCAUGCUGAAGUCAUUGCUUAAGGAAAGACGCUCCACCUCUGCUGAUUUAGCGCAGGUGGACAGAGAUGUUGAAUGCCCGCUGAGCCUGGCACCUUUCCUGCAGAAUCCGUCUCGGGAUAAGGGUGUGGACCCUAGCGUGGACCCCCUGAAUGUGCUACCAGAUUACACAGAGCCCAAGGCAGGGGGUUGCACUUUGUCCUCCUGCCAUGAGAGAAACCCCAGGGAAGCCCUUGACAGCCCCUCUCUCAUCCCGCCUGUCACAGCCCUGAAGGGCUGGCAGCUGCAUGAGCCUGUGCCCAGCACGUGGCUGGAGACUCCAGGCUGUGCGCUGCGGCGAACCAGACACCUCAGUAGGGAUAAAAGCCUAUUUUAUUAACAAGAAUGCUGUGCUUCUGAAUCAGGUUUAUUUUUUCCCUUUGAAUCUUGUGAUAUCAGCUGUAUCUUUUAUAUAUAAAAUAAAUCCGCAUAGGCCUAUUUUGGA